GGCUCCCGCGCGGAAGUGGGGUGGCGGGCUCCGGUGAGGAGCUUUGGAGUGGUUGUCCGGGGUCUAGCCCUUUGUCCAGUGCAGUCGUGGAAAACGGGAAGUCAUCGCUGACUAACCCGGGGGGUACCCUUACCCUCGAUUUUACUGAGGAGGCUGGGAUGAGGCCUCUUCCCAUUAGAUCACACGGUCUUGACCCAAGUUUGUUGCAGAAGGCAGUGUGAUACUCUGUGAAGUGAUACAGUAUGGUGAUUUCGUCUCCCUGCUGAUGACCUGGAAAAAGCAUAAGAAGAUGUGGAAAGUGUUUGGGCCCCUGUACCCACGUGGAAGGCCCAGUUGGGGUUACUGCCUCCUGGCUUCAGACGGGCCCUGCGCUGGCUGUUUUGGCCAUCUGAUUGUACACAGGUGGUGACAUGAGUGACACAGAAGAUGACGAUACUCCUCAGCUUUCUUCCCACGCCUUAGCAGCUCUCCAGGAAUUUUAUGCUGAGCAGAAGCAACAAACUGACCCAGGUGCACAUGAUAAAUAUAACAUCGGAAUAAUAGAAGAGAACUGGCAACUGAGCCAGUUUUGGUAUAGUCCGGAAACUGCCCUACGACUUGCACAGGAAGUGAUUACAGCUGCUGGAGAAGGUGGCAGAAUUGCCUGUGUGAGCGCCCCCAGUGUUUACCAGAAGCUCCGCGAGCUGCACAGAGAAGACUUUUCUGUAUGCAUCUUUGAGUAUGACAAAAGGUUUGCCAUAUAUGGAGAGGACUUUAUCUUCUAUGAUUACAAUAAUCCACUGGAUCUACCUGAACACAUCCCUGCACAUAGCUUUGACGUCGUAGUGGCAGAUCCUCCAUAUCUUUCUGAGGAGUGUCUCAGGAAGACGUCAGAAACCAUCAAGUACUUGACCAAGGCCAAGAUUUUGCUGUGCACAGGGGCCGUCAUGGAAGAACAGGCCGCACAGCUCCUGGGGGUGAAGAUGUGCAAGUUCAUUCCACGGCACACCCGAAACCUGGCAAAUGAGUUCCGCUGUUACGUGAAUUACAAUUCUGGGCUGGAUUGCGGCCUCUAACUGGCAGAGUGACACAAUACGGUAAAGGCCCCGGGUGACAUUUCCACGUCGUUUUAUUUUUUCAGUUGAUUAAAAAGUUAGAACCUCCUCUCCUCCCCUCCAACUGUCCUGGCCUAAUUGUCAAAAUAAGGGACGCUGCCUCUCAUUGUUUCCCUAAGGAGGCAUCCUUGGCGCUGGACUGUCUUCUCUGAACUUGAGUUCAUGGAAUUGGAGUUGGAAGAAAUCUGAGAACCUGUCUAAUCCACUCUCCUCGUUUAACAUAAGAAGUACAGCUUCUUGGCCGCCCAGGGCCUCCUGAAUUAGACAGGACCUUGGCCUCUGCCUCAGGCCAGAGGUUCCCAUACCAGGGGCUCCUUCUGACUGCUCAGCAUCCUGAGACUUGCGAGGGCCCCCAGCCCGCGCCAGCCCCCAGGAGCAGUGCCAUGUCUCCCUGACACUGGCGAGUGUGUGGGUGCCUCUGGGGUUUCUGCUCUUCUUCCCAGGUCUGUGGGGCUGACAGCAGUGUGGCUCCCAGCCAGCUGAGAAGGUGGGAGCACCACCACCUAUACACCAAACGCCACAGCCAAAAACAAGGGGGUGGGUGCAGGCUACAUCGUCACUGCUCGGCACAUCCGUACCGCAUCCAUGCCCCAGAGCAGGCAGGAGGAAGGAACAAGGGUUAGCAGCAGCCUGGGGCAUUGGGCCCUGGGAGAAGAGCCAUCCCCAGAGAUCAGACUCUUGAAUGGAGAAUGGGUUUGUGGGUGGCAGGGGUCGGACUUCGGCAGGGCUGACGGUAACAGGUUCUCUGUGGUGCUGCGAUGUCCAUGUCUUGUGUGUGGUGGCAUGACAGCAUGUGCGUGCCCAGCUGGCGAGGGCUGCACUAGUGCCAGUUCCCUGCUCUGUCAUUCCCUAAGAUGCACCCUCAGGCAAAACUGGGCCAAGGGAGCAACAGCCCGUCUUGUAAACAUUGGCAAUUUCUUGGAAAUCUGCAAUCAUUUUAAAGUAAAAUCUUCCUCAAAACUUAAUGUCCUGGGGCCUGCAUCAUAGCAUAACGGGUAAAGCUGCUGCCUGUGACACCAGCAUCCCAAAUGGGUGCCAGUUGGUGUCCCAGCUGCUCCACUUCCAAUGCAGCGCCCUGCUAAUUCACUAGGGAAAAGCAGCAGAAAAUGGCUCAAGUGCUGGGGCCCCUGCACCCACUUUGCAGACCCAGAUGAAGCGCCUGGCUCCUGGCUUCAGCCUGGCUCAGACCUGGCCAUUGCUGCCAUCUGGGGAGUGAACAAGCAGAUGUCGGCUCUGUCUCUCUGUGUGUCUCUCCCUCUCCUCUCUGAGUUUCAAAUAAAUAAAUAAAUCUUUAAAAAAU